UUUGUUGUUUGUUUACGCAUCAAACACAUGGUUAUGUGACAGCAAAACAAAGUGCACCGUACUUAAUCACUAAUUAAUUACCCCUAAUGGCUGCUUAAUUCUUUAUUAACGAACAAAGAAGAAGAAGGCGGCUAAUUUCUUCAAGGAGAAGAAGAGAACAGAAGAGAGAGACUAAUUUCUCUUCUUCCUCUUCUUCUUCUCAACAAAACCCUGUUUUCAUUUCCCACAGAGAGAUUCAGUGUCACAAAACCAUGAAUGAAAACCAAAAUGAAAGCCCCAAUCCGACGGCCAGUCCAACCAAGAGGCCCAUCCCGCCGUACGUCAAGGCCUUGUCCGGUUCGCUCGGCGGGAUCGUGGAGGCGACGUGUCUGCAGCCCAUCGACGUCAUCAAGACCCGGCUCCAGCUGGACCGGACCGGCGCCUACAAGGGAAUUAUCCACUGCGGCGCCACGGUUUCGGGCACCGAAGGUGUUCGCGCUCUCUGGAAGGGCUUGACCCCCUUUGCCACUCAUCUGACCUUGAAGUAUGCGCUUCGGAUGGGCUCCAAUGCGAUGCUUCAGGGCGCGUUCAAGGACGCUGAGACUGGGAAGGUCAGCAAUCACGGGCGGCUCAUUUCUGGAUUUGGAGCUGGAGUUCUUGAAGCUCUUGUUAUCGUUACUCCUUUUGAGGUGGUGAAAAUUAGACUGCAGCAACAGAAAGGAUUGAGUCAUGAUCUUCUAAAGUAUAAAGGUCCUAUUCACUGUGCUCGUACAAUCAUCCGAGAGGAAGGUAUCCUUGGCCUCUGGUCAGGGGCUGCUCCAACUGUCAUGCGAAAUGGGACAAACCAGGCUGCCAUGUUUACAGCCAAAAAUGCUUUUGACGUUCUCUUGUGGAAGAAACAUGAAGGGGAUGGGAGGGUCCUGCUGCCAUGGCAGUCUAUGAUAUCGGGUUUCCUUGCAGGCACAGCAGGUCCCAUUUGCACGGGUCCCUUUGAUGUAGUGAAAACAAGACUGAUGGCUCAGAGCCGAGGUGAGGAUGGCCAGAUGAAAUACAAAGGCAUGAUCCAUGCUAUCAGGACAAUAUAUGCAGAGGAAGGGCUUCUUGCCUUGUGGAAAGGACUGCUGCCUCGGCUCAUGAGGAUACCACCUGGGCAGGCCAUUAUGUGGACGGUGGCUGACCAAGUAAUAGGAUUGUAUGAGAGACGAUAUCUUCCGAGUGCACCUUUGUAGGUAUCAUCAUUUCAUUGGUUUGCUUGUUCUGGUUUUCUAGUCCAUUGAAAGCAUACGAUCCUCAAAUCAUCUUCAUUCUUAAGAGUUAGCAUUUCUUCUUUGAGUUUCUUUUGAUUCUCUGAAUGAACUUUUUUGGACGGUAUCAAUAUUUUUGAAGUUUAGGUGGGAGAAUAGGCAACUUCUCAUCUUACAGAAAUGAAUUCAAUAUUGUU